GAGCCCGCCUCUCCCUCUGCCGUCCGCUUGUUUGCCAAGGGCGGGGCUGCAUCAUCCGGCAGGGCGGAGCCCGGCCAUGGCGACCGCGGAACCCAGCGGGCGCGCGGUGCUGUUGUCUACUCCGGGACCCCGGCCUAGCGGGGCUCGGGACCGCGCGCCGGGAGCUGUGGGGCCACCCUCCGGGCAGAUUAGUAAUAGAGCCCUCCGUCUGGGGGAGCGCAUCCCCGCGGCCGUGGAGAAGCGGGGCCCAUACAUGGUAACGCGCGCACCCUCCAUUCAAGCCAAGCUGCAGAAGCACCGGGACCUGGCCAAGGCCGUUCUGCGGAGAAAAGGCAUGCUGGGGGCCUCGCCGAACCGCCCAGACUCUUCAGGGAAAAGGUCAGUGAAGUUUAACAAGGGCUAUACUGCUCUUAGCCAGAGUCCAGAUGAAAACCUGGUGUCCCUCGACUCUGACAGUGAUGGGGAGCUGGAAUCCAGAUACUCCUCCGGGUAUUCCUCUGCAGAGGCAAGUCCAGAGCACUUUUCUGCGCAGGGCCAGGCUGCAGGCAGCAUUACCACCACUGCCAAAUGCUUGUUUGGUGCCCACUGUCAGCACAGCACUGUGCCAGACUUCUGGUCUGUUCUACAGUCUUCCACUCUGCCCUCUUCUCCCAGUGGAGCAGGUGAACCAGGAUGUGAGCCGGCAGCUGCUUCAGGAUGGGUAUCACCUAGAUGAGAUUCCAGAUGACGAGGACUUGGACCUCAUCCCCCCUAAGCCCAUGGCCUCUUCAACGUGCUCCUGCUGCUGGUGCUGUCUUGGGGACUCUUCCUCCUGUACCCUCCAGUAGACAUUACCCUCCAAGAUGGGCCCUGCUCACCACGAGGUCUACAGAGCCCUGUUGGCCACUCAUAGCUCACAGAGUGCAGUGAGCACUGGAGUCACUGACCUCUAGAAAGUGACCUGCAGGUAGCCCUCACCUGUUGCUUCUCAGGCCAGAGGCCCCCAUCUGGGCUGUGGGCUGGUAGGUGGAAUUCUGCAGUUUUCCUCUGCUGUUGGAGCAGAGUUUGGAGAAGUCACUUUAAUAAGGGCAGGACAGAAGAAUCCUGGUUCUUACGGUGGGUGACAAAGGUGGCUAAGGAAAACACUUGCAGACAGCUUGACUGGUAUUUGCCAUAGUGCUUCAGGGAGGCAAAAAGGGAGCUCUUGUGCCCAGGCUGUGCUAGAUAGUGUUGUAUGGAGGCAGAAAAUAGCACUUGAUGGUUUAUUAUAGCUGGCCAUCCAAAAAAGAAUUGAACUGUUUGAGACCAGUUCGAGAAAUUCCAUUUGCUCUAUUUCUAGCUCUAAGAUGGUUUGCAGGCUUGACCUUCAAGAGAGCAUAAAGUUAGUCCUUUUGUCCGUCUUCAGGUUGCACCUGUCUAACUAUGAUGGAUCAUAGGUUGCUUAAUGACGCAGCAGGAUCCUGGCUUCCAGAAUCCUUGGACCUGGGGUAUUCCCAACUGGUCCAACUGUCUGGGUGAGUUUAGUGAUUCUGGUUCGCCCUUCCCUAGUUAGGAGAAAAACUGUUCCGACAUGUUCAUAUUUAUUUAUUUGUAUUUCCUUGGUCUUGGCGAGUUUCUUCACCCAGUCUUUGAGCUAAAGAUUGGGUCAAAGGUACUGGGGCUGGCCCCAGAAGCCUGCAGUUUUUAUUAUUACCAGCAGAGGGAGCUACAGGGAGCAGUCUGGUGCCUUCCUAUUUGUUUAGCCUUUAAACUUUUGAGAAGUAGCAAUGGGUCAGAGUGGGUAUACAGCUGUGUGGGCUUUGUCCUAGCCUGAGGCUUACAGACAGGAAGGGUAGGAGAGACCCAAGCCAGCUCCUAGACCCUUGCCUGAGGAGAUCAGUCCACCAGUGUAGAGGGCCUCCCUUCACUGCGGCAUGGACCACUCUAUUGCCAGAUUCUUCUGGUCACAGCAUGGGCCUCACUGGAUACUCAGGAUUGGGCUUUAAGCAGACCUUUGGGUGUAACACAGCCUCUUUCAGCCCCCAGCCCAAACAGCAGGAACAGGCAUAAUUUCUCUACACCAAGCCUCUUUCUAGAAUUUUUCCAACAGGUUUUUUGUUUUGUUUUGUUUUGGCUUCACUCAGAACCAUGGUGAGCAUUCUGUUUUGUUGGAGACAGGGUCUCUGUCACCCGCUGGAGUGUGGUGGUGCAUUCACAGCUCACUGCAGCCUCAACCUCCCAGGCCCAAGCAAUCCUCCCACAUGGUGAGCUUUGAGUGGGCAUAGACAGGGUUCCCAGCCCAAUAGUUGGUAUUGGGGUAUAGGUUCUACAUGGGAAAGUAUCCAGUCUCUUGCUUUACUCAGUGUCCUGUGACCACUAGAGGCAUAUGAGGGACAACACACUCUUUUUGCUCUACCACAAGGGGUGACUGGAAGAUGAGAAAGUCUAAUAAAAAGAUAAUGGCCUUAUUUGUUAUUUGUCUGACAACUGCCUUCACAAUGGUAAUCCUGUGAGUGCUUGAUGGACAUCUAUCUUUGUGUUUUUCUCAAACCAUGGAAGGUUGAUAGGAAUAUACAGUAUCUAGAGGCUGACUUACUCUACCAGCUAGCAGUAUCACAGCAGGGAGAUAGGACACAGACAAGAGUCAUGUCAGCUUGGGGUCUUGGGAAGAGAGGAGGCAGAUGGUUACUCUGUUCUGGAAUGGGACUCUGCAGCUCUACGCAGGUGGCCAACAUUCUGAGCACUUUGUGCAAAUGCCUGUAGAGAGCAAAAAUAUCUCCAUCCAGAACCCCUUCCCCAUCUGCAGAGACCAUGUCCAGGCCUUUCUUGUGUCUGCAGAGGUGAAGUGCACAUGUGGAAAGGGAUCAAAUGUAGCACAGUGUAAAGAAAGAUAGCGGCACGGGUAGAGGGACCCCAGUGCGUGCUGGGAGGUGGCUGUGGAAGGUAAGUAUAGACCCACAUCUCUGUCAGGGCGGUGGUCAGGGCAGAGUGGCCUGGCUGUUUAGCAGCUGCUAGGGGUGAGGGUGGUAGGACCCCAAAACCAAGGCCCUCUUCAUUGUUGUUGUAAUCAUCAACUCUGGCAUAUUCAGUGGCAGCUGUCCCUGAAGAAGAGGUUUCUGAGCUGGUUGACCCCAUGUAGGAGGGUGUUACCUUGCAGAAGAAGUUGGAGGGACCUGGUGGGACAGUGCAGUGAGGCAGGGUAGAAAUGGUCAGUUGUUUAGGGCCAGUGGCCACAUACCAAAAUACCACCAAUGUGCCCAGGGCCAAACUACCUUAAUUCUGAGUGCUGGGUGUUCUGCAGGUGACAGUUUCCUGGGGAGAAGGGUGUAUCCAGGCUUACCUCCCAGCAGGAGUGGUACCAUAUGGUGUUUAUGUACUACUCUGCAGAACUCUUGGCUUGCACUUCUACAGCUCUGUACCUUUAUAAGAAUAAAUGCAAUCACACUAGUU